AUGGGCACAACAGGCGGCGUCAAAGGGGCGCAAGGGAUCAGUAUUGACAAGGCAGAGUUCAUGGGCAGAGCCAAGGUUACCAGACUCAAUGACCACGGCCUCGGCGUCGUGAGCGGCGCGCGAGACACGAGCCGUCCCAAUGACGCUCGCGUCCUCCUCGGCGAGCAGUACCAACACCCAAGGCAGACUUCCAUGGCCGGAUGGCUCACCAAAUUGGGUGGCUUUCGCAAGAACUGGAAGCGACGCUUCUUCACUUGCGAGCGCAACGUCUUGAGCUACGCCACGGACGAGCAAGCCGCGCCUUUGCACAGUCUUGACCUUUGCUUCUGCUCCGACGUGGCCCUUGAAGACCAGAUUGCGCGCCCCAACUGCUUUCG